AACUACCUUUUGGACGAACAAGUCAUGAUUGCCUUCACUAUAGGCAAAACGGCCACUAGGUCAAGUUUUCAUUUUCCCAAGCCGAUUGGCCACUCGCCAAUAACCCGGUCUUUUGCCAGGAAGCCUCGUCAUGACAACUCCCUUUUGAACAUUGUUGGACGAAGUGGUGUUGUCAAAUACCUUGAGUCACACAGAGAAAGCGAUAAGAAGCAGGACGUACAGUACGUUCCCCAUCCCCAACGACGGUUUUUGCCAAAUGAGACCUAUGUCCCCUCCGACUUGAACAAUGAAAAUAUUGAAAAGUACAUCAAAGACAAGCAAAAGCAAGCACCGGAAGACGUUUGCGAAAAGUAUGGAAUAAAUCCUUUGAAGGUGUAUCGGGAUACGACGUUUCUAUCGAGAUUUUUAACGCGAAUGGCAUACAUGAAGCCAAAAAGUCAGACAGGAUUAAGCACGGCAAAUCAACGAAAAAUGACAAAGGCAAUCAAACGCGCAAAGGCAAUGGGUCUUCUGCCUUUCACAUAUAAUACUGUUGGAUCACGAGCAGACUUUUAGAGGGCGGAUUGUCCUUUUUAUUUAAUACAUUGUAAAUGCUUUGCGUGAACUUUGGUGCAAUACUUUCUUUAUCUUGUGUUCAUUUCUCCUCCUCGUACGAAGGCAUUGCCUAUCCUAUGGAAGUUCUACAUGUAUGGC